AUGCUGGGUGGGUUAUACGGUGACCUACCUCCACCUUCUUCCGCCGAAGAAGAUAAACCCACCACCAAUGUCUGGUCCAGCAGCACCAAAAUGGCCCCCGCCACUCUCCGUAAACCCUCCUCUAUUUUUACUCCUCCUCAUACUCUUCUCAGAUCCCAAAACAAACCUAAAAUCUCCAAUUCCAAAACGGUUCUGUCUGCGGCACCGACAAUAGUCGCUCCGGCGGUAGACGAGGUGGUGCAACCAGCUCUGGUCGGUGUGCAGUCUACGGUGUUGGAAGAGUAUGAUCCAGCAAGGCCUAAUGAUUAUGAAGAGUAUCGGAGGGAGAAGAAGAGGAAGGCUAGGGAGGCGGAGAUGAUGAGGGAGCUAGAGAGACGGCGUGAGGAGGAGGAAGAGAGGGAGAGAGAAAGGGAAAGAGAGAGAAAAAAAGAAAGAGAAAGAGAUAGGGAUAGGGAUCAGGGUGAUUCGAGAUUGAAUAUUUCAGGGGAAGAAGCAUGGAGGAGGCGUGUGGGGAUGAGUGCUGGUGGAAGUGGAGGGGGACCGCCGAGGUCGCCGUCACCGCCGGGUAAUGUGGAUGGGUUUACUAUUGGAAAGUCGGAGACCGGAGGGUUGGGGGUAGGUGCUGGUGGGCAGAUGACUGCUGCUCAAAGGAUGAUGGCGAAGAUGGGGUGGAAAGAAGGGCAGGGGCUUGGGAAGCAGGAGCAAGGGAUUACUACUCCUUUGAUGGCGAAGAAAACGGAUAGACGAGCCGGGGUUAUUGUCAAUGCUAGUGACAGUAAGUCUGAUAAGAAAGUUAAGAGUGUUAACAUCAAUGGGGUUCCUACCAGAGUGAUGCUGCUUAGAAAUAUGGUGGGACCUGGUGAGGUAGAUGAUGAGCUGGAAGAUGAGGUAGGAUCAGAAUGCGCCAAGUAUGGAACAGUAACCCGAGUUCUGAUAUUCGAGAUAACAGAGCCAAAUUUUCCCACCGACGAAGCAGUAAGAAUCUUUGUGCAGUUUGAGAGAUCCGAAGAAACAACUAAAGCGCUUGUUGACCUUGAUGGUCGAUACUUUGGAGGUAGAAUAGUGCGUGCCACAUUUUAUGAUGAGGAUAAGUUUAGCAAGAAUGAGUUAGCUCCUAUGCCAGGAGAAAUUCCUGGAUUCACCUAG